AUGAAACAAGCUUGCAAGGCAGUACCGCCGUCACCUGAGGAGGGCUUGAAUGGUAGUGACGAUUUACGGGAAGGGGGACCUAGGCCAGCCGAACUUGGACAGACCCCCAAGUCAGGUUUCCAAGCUGCCAAUUCAAACGACUUGCUUCCGUCUGUUCGUCCGAGAACCCCGCAGAAUCCUGCUUCAGCCGUGCGGAAGCGUCGUCGCUUGGCGAGAAUGGCAAGCGGAGACGGUAUAGACGCCCCAGCCCAAUCGUUUCUGGUACCUAGGCCAGCUGAGCGUCUGGAUGACGUCGGCGGGAUCUCAAGUAUUCUUGAGAAUAUCUGCGAGCUGAUAGAGUGGCCCCUGAUUCAUAGCAAUGUAUAUGAACAUUUGGGUGUCGACCCACCGAGAGGGAUUCUUCUUCAUGGACCGCCAGGAUGUGGGAAGACACUGUUGGCACACGCCAUUGCUGGUGACUUUGGAGUGUCCUUUCUUAAGGUUUCAGGCCCGGAAAUUGUCUCCGGCAUGUCUGGAGAGAGUGAGCGCAAGCUGCGCAAUAUCUUUUCCGAGGCUGUUCGUCUUUCUCCAAGCAUCAUUUUUGUUGACGAAGUCGACGCCAUUGCGUCGCGAAGGGAAGGAGCAAGUAAGGAAAUGGAGAGGAGAAUCGUCUCACAGCUGCUCACAUGUAUAGACAACCUGGCCACGCGCUCAGCAAUGCGCAAACCUGCGGGGCCUGAAAACAGAGAACCUGAUUCCCGCAGCACUGACGGUAACGACCGGGAUCAACGCCUUGAUGCGACAGAACAUACAGAAGAUGUGUCUGCAGACGACGCCAUUGAUUCAUCUUCUGAGAAGUGUCCACCAGUGAUUGUUAUUGCUGCUACAAACCGACCUGAAUCUCUUGAGCCUGCGCUUCGAAGGGCUGGGCGUUUUGAUAGAGAAAUCGAACUUGGGGCACCAGAUGAGGAAGCACGGGUAGCGAUUUUGUCCAAACUAUGCCGGCACUUGAAGCUUGGCGCCGAUUUCGACGCUGCACUUUUAGCAAAGAAAAGUGCAGGAUACGUUGGUGCGGAUUUGCAUCUCUUAGCGAAGGAGGCAGGCCUAGCAUGCAUCAGGCGAAUUGCGCAGAAGCGUCGCUUGGGACACGAACAUCGAGAUGUAUCAAUAGGCGAAGACAAAAAAGGGAUGCUGGAAACUGCUUUUAGCAACGGGAAUCUCGUUGAUGAAGAAGAAGAGAUGCUCCUCCAGCAAAGGAACGAGACUGUGGAUGAACAAAUGAACGACGUCUCUUCUCGAACUAGUGAGGAACCUUGCACCAGAAAUGCAGCCGCUGCGGCGGCAAUUCUGGAAAGAGUACAGCGUCAGGAGCAGGAGCUUUUUGGGAAGCGCAAAUUCACCUCGAGUGAUCUUGAAGGGUGCGCAAUAGAAAUGUGUGAUUUCGCGAAGGCUCUGAACACAAUUCAACCCUCAGCUCUGCGUGAAGGGUUUGCCACUCGACCAGAUGUAUCUUGGGACAACGUGGGCUCUCUCGAAGCGGUUAGGGAAGAAAUGAUGAUGGCCGUUGUUGAGCCAAUCCGACGACCUGAAAUGUUCACAAGUCUGGGUCUGAACGCACCUUCUGGAGUACUUCUGUACGGACCUCCAGGUUGUGGAAAAACGCUCUUGGCACGUGCAGUGGCGGCAGAGAGCGGAGCGAACUUCAUCUCUGUCAAGGGGCCCGAGUUGCUGAGCAAAUACGUGGGGGACAGUGAACUUGCAGUACGCAAGGUGUUUGCUAGAGCUCGAUCAAGUUCCCCUUGCGUUAUAUUUUUCGAUGAGUUGGACGCACUCGCACCGCGGCGCGGUGGUAAAGGAGGGGAGUCAGGGGCAUCUGAACGGGUUGUUAACAUGCUACUUACGGAGAUGGACGGCUUCUCAGAACGGAAGCAAGUGUUUCUGGUUGCGGCUACAAAUCGCCCGGACAUUAUCGACCCGGCUAUGCUGCGGCCUGGACGUCUAGACAAGCUAGUAUACGUGCCCUUGCCAGACCAGAGGGGACGGGCAAGUAUACUGAAAACUUUAAUAAGAAAUGUGAAGAUAGCGGAGGACGUAGACACGGAGGCAGUUUCUGCCAGCCCGAAAUGUGAAGGGUUCUCCGGCGCUGAUUUGCAGUCCGUAAUUCGAACGGCAGGGGAACGAGCAUUGCGGGAACGUUUGAAAGAUGAAGAGAUUGAUGGGAUAGGAACGGGACUGUUCAUAAGAAGGAAACAUUUCGACCAAGCCCUAGAGCUUGUGCUUCCUUCAGUUUCACCGAGGGAUGCUAAGUUGUACCGAAAUAUGGAAAACUGGCUCCGGAAAACGAGAGGGCAUCUAUCGAAAGAAGGGGACCAACAACCAUGAAUUGCAAAGUUCAGGAGAUGUUAUUAUCGUGUAGGUCGAGAAAGAAGCACUGCAUUGCGCAUUUCAGCGAUUCAUGGUCGAAGGACGGCGUAAACCUCUUGCCUACGUGAAGAGCAGCUCUAACAAAA